UCAAUGGCAUCAGCCAGCAACUACUCCACUGCUCCAGUCUCUGAAUUCCUCCUCAUCUGCUUCCCUAACUACCAGAGUUGGCAGCACUGGCUGUCCCUGCCCCUCAGCCUCCUCUUCCUCCUGGCCAUGGGGGCCAACACCACCCUUCUGAUCACUAUCCGGCUGGAGGCAUCUCUGCGUGAGCCCGUGUACUACCUGCUCAGCCUCCUUUCUCUGCUGGACAUCGUGCUCUGCCUCACUGUCAUCCCCAAGGUCCUGGCCAUCUUCUGGUUUGACCUCAGGUCCAUCAGCUUCUCUGCCUGCUUCCUCCAGAUGUUCAUCAUGAACAGUUUCCUCCCCAUGGAGUCCUGCACAUUCAUGGUCAUGGCCUAUGACCGCUAUGUGGCCAUCUGUCACCCACUACAAUACCCAACCAUCAUCACUAACCGAUUUGUGGCCAAAGCUAGUGUCUUCGUCCUCACACGAAAUGCCCUUCUCACUGCACCCAUUCCUAUUCUCACUGCCCAGCUCCGUUAUUGUGGGAAAAACAUCAUUGAGAACUGCAUCUGUGCCAACUUUUCUGUGUCCAGGCUCUCUUGUGACAAUUUCACACUUAACAGAAUCUACCAGUUUGUGGCUGGUUGGACCCUACUGGGCUCGGAUUUCAUCCUCAUCUUCCUCUCCUACACCUUCAUUCUAAGAGCUGUGCUUAGAUUCAAGGCAGAGCGGGCUGCAGUCAAAGCCCUGAGCACGUGUGGCUCCCACUUCAUCCUCAUCGUCUUCUUCAGCACCAUCCUGCUUGUUGUGGUGUUGACAAAUGUGUCCAGAAAGAGGGUAUCCAUGGAUAUCCUGAUCCUGCUCAAUGUCCUUCAUCACCUCAUACCCCCUGCCUUGAACCCUAUUGUAUAUGGGGUUCGGACUAAAGAGAUAAAACAAGGAAUUCAGAAAUUGCUGCAGCGAGGGAUGUGA